UGUCUCUUUAAAUGUGGCUUGCGUAGGUGCCUCAUGAAUGAAACCAUGUGAUCCAAACAUCAUUUGACGUCUGGCGCCUCCGACCACGGACUAAAACAAGCGAGGAAGGAGUGGAUAUAUGUAGAGACCUAGAAGGAGGCGUGAGCGGAAAAAACAUUUCUCCAAGUAUCUGUGUGCACCGGCUGAACUUCACCUCCGAGGGUCCACCGUAAGUGACUUCUGGUCUGUUCAGAGGAGCGAGGCUCUUGGGGCAUGACGACGGCGAACAAAGGAAACAAAGCCUUAAAGGUGAAGCGUGAGCCAGGGGAGAAUGGCACCAGUCUCACGGACGAGGAGCUGGUGACCAUGUCAGUGCGAGAGUUGAACCAGCACCUCAGAGGGCUCACCAAAGAAGAAAUCCUCCAACUGAAGCAACGGCGGCGAACCCUGAAGAAUCGUGGCUACGCUGCAAGCUGCCGAGUGAAGCGAGUGACACAGAAGGAGGAGCUGGAGAAGCAGAAGGCCCAGCUGCAGCAGGAGGUGGACAAACUGGCCAAUGAGAACGCAUCAAUGCGCGUUGAGCUUGACGCUCUGAGGUCCAAGUAUGAGGCAUUACAGACCUUCGCCCGGACUGUGGCACGAAGCCCCUCGGUCGGAGUCGGGGUGCGUGCUGGAGGUGGAGGCGGAGGUGUGGCCUCGUCGGUCAUUGGUCCACUCAUACCAGGGAAGAUGGCCACAGCGACCAGUGUGAUCACAAUAGUGAAAUCAAAAACAGAUGCACGGUCUUGAGAGAGGGGAGCAGGAUGAGGGUGUGUCAAGAUGGAGUUCAGCUAAGACCGGUUGUCUCUGUGUCCUGCCCCUGACCUGCACUGACUCUGGAUGUACUGUAGAACAGGGUUAUGCAUUAAAGUCAUCUCUGUAUGAUAUGGUCAGUAUCUAUUCAGGUGGUCACUGAUCAGCUGGGAUAAAUGUGGAAUAAAUGUUCAUAGAGAAUAUUGCACUGAAAUAAUAACAAUCGAAUGUUUUUGACACAGUAAUAAUGGCAGCAAUAAGCAAAUCAAGAUCUGACUGUUUUAUGAGAUAUAAUGUUUUGUAUUAGAGAUAAACUUUUACCUGAGGUCUAGAGGGACCUUUAUUUUGACCGAGUGGCUUAUCUGCUCUGUCGUACAUCCAUGACAUCCAUGGUCAGUGCAGCUUAAAGAAAUUUGGAGCAGCAAAGGGUUUGAGAUAGUGCACUUCAUUUAGCACAGGGACGACACAGGGUUUAUAUGGUCACUAAAAACCCCAAACAAUCCCCAAAGCAAUUGAAUUCAGUUGGAAAAAACACAAAAGAACAGUUUACAUGUGUAAUCUGAUUUGACCUUGACACUAUUAUAUACUUUUACAGGCCUCUGUAAGGUAAGGUCUCUGUAAGGCCUGUAAAACAUCAGGAUUCUCUCUUUCUGCCAACACUUUGUGACCAUGCAGCUGAUUGGAGUAGUGGCAUUGAAUUCUCAUCUUGCUUACCCAAACCAAGAACUUUUGGGAGAAGAACUAGAUCAAAUAUAUAGUAUAUUACACAAUGGUGGUAAGUGUAUUUCUACUGUUUUGUACUGUGUUGUCAUUCACAUGAGGUCCAAAGUGUAUUCUCUGUGUGUGAAUUGAUAUUUAUCAGGAAUUCUGUGAAAUUCUGUGGCUUGUAUCUGUUCUGGUGUUGCUAUAUUUAGUUAGCCGUGUUUUUUUCUACAGUCUCUUCACUUUCUGUGCAGCUUUCUCAGUACUUUCCUUCAAUUUUCAAGUCCAACUGGCUUCCAUUGCCCAACAGAGAUUUGACAAAGUGAAAUUGUUUGUGUAAUUACUAAAACAAAUUCUACCAAAUUUUUUUUUACAGUGUUUAUUAUUUUUUCUUUAAAUCUGACUUUAAGAAGGGCAAGUGCCUUGUUUAAUACAAUAUGCAUUAGAACUGGGUCAAAGGGACGUGAGAGUGAGAAAAAUGUAAAAAGGAGAGAUUUAGAUGAUGGUGUUGUGUGCUGGGUACUCAUACAAGUUGUAUGAGCUGUGGAACAGUUCAUUGAGCGGACUUUAGUCUAAAUUAAACCCGAUUGGAUAAAGAGGCAGACAAUAAAAUACAUGCAUUUAAGGCUUUUAACACACAAAUGUUUAGGUUCAUGUCACAGCUUUAGUAUAGGUAGUCUUAUAUGGUGUUAUAUACUUAGAUAAUCUUUGUCUAUGUAUGGUAGAGUCUGGAAUUUUAUAAAGACUAUUAUCUUUGCAUUGUUUGUAAUGAACUGUAAAAAGUGGUAUAACAGAAUCUGUUUGAUAUACAGUCUCUCUAUUUUGCAACUGUACCAAAAGUGGCUUAACUACUGAAUAGCUUUGUUUUCUCUGUAGUGAAUAGGAACGUGUGUGUAACUGUGAACAGUGUGUGCUGUGUAUGUGACGAGGUAAUAAUAAUGUUCACUAUUUUGGUGA